AUGAAUCAAAAUGAAGAACAGCAUCACGUUAUAAAAUACAUUCUUGACAAAUUAGAAAAGUAUGCUCAUAAAUCUGAUCUCUGGCGUUUAAUUCAUGCUUCACAUCUUCGUCGGAAUCUUCUUCGACGAUCUGAACGUGUUUCAAAGAUAUAUUCGAUAUCAGAAGAUCUUGUUCGUCAAUGUAUCAAUCAGAUUUUUGCUGAUGUUGAUCAAUACGUAACGCAACUUCAUCGAUUGAUUUAUUCUCAACAAUUUGACGAUUUAAUACCAAUCUUUAGUAACGCAAAUAAAAAGAAUACUCUAUGGCAUACAAUGCAAAUAGAACGUGCUCGACAUUUGUGUCUAACUCAAGAACAACUGACCGAGAAUGAACUAUUGGAAAAUUAUUAUACAUAUAUUCGAGAAAAAUUAACACCAAAGAACAAUAUAUUGAAUGAAAAUCAAAAAUGCCAAUUUCGUGAUAGUUCAUUUGAUUUAAAUCUCGCUUAUACCCAAGCUGAAAGUAAAGCAAAAGAGUAUCUAAACAAUGUUAUAGGAAACUUUCGAAAAAGGAAGACACCCGAUCUAAAAAUCAUCGAUGAAAUGAUCAAACUAGGAAUAGAUAAUAUGAAAAAGAUUCCAUCGAAAGAAGAUUUUCAAACAAGUAAUAAUUUCUUAGGAAGAGUAUUAAUUUUUCAUCAAAUCAAAGAAGCAUAUAAAAGUCUUUUACAAAAUACAAGCGAUGAUUUUAUGCUCCUUCGCUUUGGCAAAACGUUCGGACACAAUGCAUUACAAAGUACACAACAAGUUGAUAAACAAUUUUUUUAUCUUUUGCAUUUGUUCCUGAAGUCAGUAGCAAUCUUGUUUAUCUCACUAACAACAACUACAAAGGAUAAUACGAUAUCAUCGAUUUCGAAAAUAGCUUCUCUUUGUUUUUUUGAAUGUGAUUCUUCAAUAAUCAAACUAAAUAUGGAUCUAUUUUCUCCAGAAACAAAUAUUGAUCAAUGGACCUGGUUGUUAGAACAAUGGCGUGAUAUGUUAAGAACCAUGCCUAUGAUAUGUACACAAGCUGGAGCUUUUAGUCGUCUUGUUCGUACAACGAUUGGUAUUGGACUUAUGUAUCUCGGGAAAUCUGCUGAAACAAUGGUCACAACUGGUUGUUUACCGAUGAAUACUGAACUGAUCAAUGAACAAUUAUUUAAUGCUCUUCAAAUAGGCUUUUAUUUUGGUGUUGCAUAUGCUCUAGUCGAUUGUUUACAAGAUGAAAUUCAUAAUUUGGAUAAUAUACCAUUACAUCAUUUCCUCAUCUUUGAUAAUGAUACCAACCACCUAUUGACACCAGUUGAAACAAUAGAUAAGUGGCUUUAUAUUAUGGAACAAUUCUUAAGUGGCACAAAUUUUGAUCGAAGUCAAUUACCAAAGACUCCAUUCACAUCAAUGCUUAUUGAAUCCUUUGAUAAUCUUUUGAUAUUGACAAAAUCAAAUAAUAUAAUGUAUGAAUCUUUCAAUGAAUUGGCUCUUCUCUUGCGUUCGCAGCGGAUUGAUAAAAAAGAAAUUGAUCAAUAUUACGAUGACGAGCAACUAUAUCUCGGAUCUGUUCUCAAGUCACAUUUUACUUAUACAUGCACAACUCAUCUCGCUGAUAUGAGUACAGCACGUGAAGAAAGUGAACAUCUUUGGAUAAUACCAUUUUUAGGACAAUUGACAGACGAUUGUAGAGAUUUUAAUGAUGAUAUUAAAUCAAAAUCGGUCACUCCUUUUACAUACUAUGCAUCAUUAAUCAGACAUAAACAACCAAUUGCUAAUAGUUUACUUAAUCCAUUUAAUACAUUCCUCAAUCUUUGCUCAGAUAUAUAUUUAUCAAGCAAUCGUGAUAGUCAAACAGGUGCGUUUCUAGGUCGUCGUAUUGCUCGGGCAUUGCGUUCAAUUGAGGUGACUGGUGGUGAAACAUCAUUUAUUCAGUUUCUUAAUAUAUUUUGUUCGGACAACAGACUCUUGUAUGAUUAUUGUUGGCAUAAACUGCGUAAACAAUUUCCUAUAAUUACUGAUCCUGAAAAAACCUUUUUCCGAUUAUUAGAUGCUUCGAGUAUUAAAUAUGCACGAAUAAACCGAAAAUUAGAAACAUAUGUAUGUGAAAAUAUAAUAAAAAUAGAGGAUGCAUUAAAUAUUCUCCCAUUACAUAGUCAAGGUGAAACUAUUGUCGAGGAAGAAGUUUUAAUAUCAGCAAUGAAUUAUAGUGUCAAAGUUGGCGGUAAACGUUUAAGACCAUUAUUAAUGCAAAUGGUUGCUGACUUGUACGAAAUUGAACCAAGUCAAAUAUUACCUUUGACUUGUGGCAUUGAAUAUUUGCAUACAUCAUCAUUAAUAUUUGAUGAUCUUCCUGCUCAAGAUAAUAGCGAUUUACGACGAGGUCAACCAUCUCUUCAUAAAACAAUAAUUAAUAAUGAUAUACCAUUUAAUUUAUGCGAAGGUCGAGCUCAAUUGGCCGCUGUUGAUCUUAUCGCAAUUAGUAUGGGUUUAAUUAAUCAUGGUCUUAUCAGAAACGGAUUUUUACCUGAAUGUGUCAAUCGAGUUGUUAGCGAAAUAUCUAUGUUGAUGCAUGAUCUUUGCAUAGGACAAAUGAUGGAUUUACGUGCAGCACGUGUCGGUAUUGGGCAAGAUAAUAGACAAAUUGAUAAACUUGAUCGAAUUGCUUGGUUUAAGACGGGUAAGACAAUUGAAGCAGUUAUGAUCAUGCCGGUUAUUCUUGCCAAUCCACCAUCAGAUGAACAGACUAAGGAAUUGUUGCAUAUUCGAGAAUUGAGUCGUUUAAUGGGUAUUAUGUUUCAAAUGCGCGAUGAUUUGUUAGAUGUUGAAGGAGGUGACGCUAUUGGAAAGCCAACAUUACUUGAUGUUAAAAACAAUACAGUUACAUAUGUAUCACUACUUGGUAUUGAUGCUACUCGACAUCGUCUUCGACAAUUUUUAACUCAAGCGUUACAACUAGUAGACGAUUGUUGGCCAAUAGGCUCAGAAACAAUUAAAGAUGUUAUUAAAUAUAUUGUUGCACGAAAAACUUGA